UGGGUAACGGAGAUGAUACAGGAUGGGUAACGGAGAUGAUACAGGGUGGGUAACGGAGAUGAUACAGGGUGGGUAAGGGAGAUGAUACAGGGUGGGUAACGGAGACGAUACAGGGUGGGUAACGGAGAUGAUACAGGGUGGGUAACGGAGAUGAUACAGGAUGGGUAACAGAGAUGAUACAGGGUGGGUAACAGAGAUGAUACAUGGUGGGUAACGGAGACGAUACAGGUGACAGUAGGGAAAUGACCUUCCAUGAACUGUUCAAGCACAUCCCGAUUGUAGGCCCAUGCUAUGACCUGCGCUCUGCUACUGUUUACCUUCAAGAUGAAAAUGAAGACAUGGCGAAGGAUCGGGCGAAGAGUGCUGGUAUUGGAUUUGCCGCUGAUUUUAUCGUUAUCGCAAUUGCAGUCACUACAGGCGGAGGUUCCAUUGGAAAGAAUAUGAUCCUGGGAACUUUAGCAGCAGCUUUCGGGACAAGAUUAAUCUUCUUGUAUGGUGUGUACCCAAAGCUGUCGGGAGACCCCGACGAGUAGGUGCAUAUCCUUAAGGAAACAUAUCCUUAAUCAUGUGAACAAAUUCUCCUCAUGUCCAGAGACCGACAAAGUGAUUAUGGACUUAAAUGUUAGGUGAUUUGCGAUAAUGAAAACUGUACAUCAACAGAACAGAUGUUCAAUUGAUAUGAUGACAUAAAGUAUGAGACAAAUAUUAAAUCUUCUCAACAUUGAUGUCAUGGAGUUUCAUUUGAUCCUAAAUCUUAAAUUCUUGCUAAUCGUCCUUUCUAAUGCAAUGAUCUGUCAGGAAUCGUAUUGAAGUUUUCCUUAACAUGUGGUCAGUAAUACACAAAUAAACAUAUACGUUCUCUU